UUGCACAAGUGGUUGGGCAACAAAUUCGUUCCCGUAAAUUACAGUAGUUUUGAAUAUCGUAUUGUCGGAAAAGAGUGUAAAACAUUCUCUCUUUACACAUCCAUUUUCUUUUUACAAAUUUAUUAAACUUUGUACUCUUAUCUUCCUAUAUUUUUGUGAGUGAGGUUGGAAGAAGCAAUGGCAGUUGGGUUAGCAGUAGCAGGCGAAGCUGGUCAAUACAACGGGAGGAUGACGCCGUUCGUCAUCCUCUCUUGCAUGAUGGCAGCCACAGGAGGUGUUAUUUUCGGCUACGACAUUGGAAUUUCGGGCGGCGUGACAUCAAUGGAGCCAUUUCUGAAAAAAUUCUUCCCUGAGGUAAACACGAAGAUGAAAUUGGACACCAAAAUCAGCAACUACUGUAAAUUCGACAGCGAAUUGUUGACCUCCUUCACAUCCUCACUCUACAUAGCUGGUCUUGUAGCUUCCCUUUUUGCCAGUUUGGUCACGAGGGCCUACGGCCGCAAGCCCUCAAUCCUUGCCGGUGGAGCUGCGUUCCUCGCCGGCUCAGCUCUAAACGGUGCAGCUAUGAACAUCUACAUGCUCAUCCUCGGCCGUGUGUUGCUUGGAGUUGGUGUUGGUUUUGGAAAUCAGGCUGUUCCUUUGUACCUUUCGGAAAUGGCACCACCAAAAUACAGAGGAGCAAUUAACAAUGGCUUCCAAUUUAGCGUCGGCAUUGGCGCAUUAUCAGCUAACCUCAUCAACUACGGCACUGAGAAGAUCAAAGGCGGUUGGGGAUGGCGAAUCUCCCUAGCCUUGGCUGCAGUCCCCGCCUCAGUGCUAACACUCGGUGCAUUUUUCCUUCCGGAAACACCCAACAGCCUAAUCCAGCGCAGCGCGGACCACCAAACAGCCAAGCUAAUGCUGCAACGCAUCAGAGGGGUCGAUGAUGUCCAAGUGGAACUCGAUGAUCUGAUCAAAGCAAACAACAUAUCGAAAAACAUGAAACACCCUUUCAAGAAAAUCCUGGAGAGAAAGUAUAGGCCUCAGCUUGUGAUGGCAAUGGCCAUACCAUUUUUUCAGCAAGUGACAGGGAUCAAUGUCAUAGCCUUUUAUGCCCCAAUACUUUUUCGAACAAUUGGGUUGGGAGAAAGCGCUUCGCUCUUGUCCUCUGUCAUGACUGGCGUGGUUGGUACAAUCUCAACAUUCGUAUCUAUGCUUAUCGUAGACAAAUUCGGGCGAAGAGCGUUGUUUUUAGCUGGGGGGAUUCAAAUGUUGGUGUCACAAAUUAUGGUGGGAGGUGUAAUGGCAGCUCAGCUUGGUGAUCACGGCGGAGUGAGCAAAGGGUAUGCCUAUUUAGUGCUGGUUUUGAUAUGCAUUUAUGUAGCAGGAUUCGGGUGGUCGUGGGGACCUCUCGGAUGGUUGGUUCCGAGUGAGAUUUUCCCCUUGGAAAUUCGGUCGGCGGGACAAAGUAUCAAUGUGGUGGUGAACUUUUUGUUCACUUUCAUUGUUGCUCAAACUUUUCUAGCCAUGCUCUGCCACUUCAAGGCCGGGAUUUUCUUCUUUUUCGGGGGUUGGGGGGUGGUGAUGACGUUGUUCGUGUACUUGUUUUUGCCGGAGACGAAGAACGUGCCGAUUGAGAAGAUGGAGAUAGUGUGGCAGGAGCAUUGGUUUUGGAGGAGGAUUGUGGGGGAUUUUAGCAAGGACACCAAGAUGGAAGCUCCUUGAUGUACUUAUAAUGAUACAUGGUUAUUUUUUCUAAUACAUGUUUAUGUUUUUUUUUUUU